UAUCGUCUCUUCUCUCUUCCUUUACUUCAAGUGUUAGUGUUUAAGCUCUACAGACUGCAAGUCUGUAAUAAAAGCUCUUUCCCCUUUCCUGGGUGUUUUUUUUCCUUUUUAUGUAAUCCUUUACCUGUUUUCUGUCGAAACAACAUGGCUGCGGAUAGCUUUCUUAUUCCCCCAUGCCGAAAGAUUCAGAUUCGAGAAGCUAAAGAACCGAAUCGGAAUCGUAGUGAUUCCUCAGGUGUAGAAGAACCUCAGGAUGCAGAUUACCCUUAUGUUCCCCAGCUCAGUGGUGACAUAGAGAAAUCGAUAUUGGCUCGAUUUCCUCGAUCGGAAUAUUGGAAACUUAACUUCUUAAACAAGCAUUUCUCACGUCUUGUAAAGAGUGGUGAGUUGUUUAAGAUUAGGAGGCAAAUUGGGUUUAAAGAAUCAUCUAUAUUCAUGUCAGCUAGUGGGGGGAACUGUUGGUGGGCAUUUGAUAGGCUAUUCAAGUGUUGCAGGCAGCUUCCGGAGUUACCGUCGAGAGAUGUGUGCUUUAUCGGUGGUGAUAAAGAGUCACUUUGUGCCGGGAGCCAUUUGAUUGUGUCGGGAAGAGAGUUCACUGAAGGCAAUGUUGUGUGGAGGUUUGAACUCGAAACUAGUAAAUGGUUUAAAGGGCCUUUAAUGACCGAUCCUCGAUGUUUGUUUGCGUCUGCCACUUGUGGUACCUUCGGAUUCGUAGCCGGUGGAAUCGAGAUGGGGUUACUAGGGGCCGAGGUGUUGAAUUCAGCCGAGAAAUAUAAUCCUGAGACUAAGUCAUGGGAGAGUCUCCCAUGUAUGCAUAAGAAAAGGAAGCUUUGCUCAGGUUGUUUCAUGGAUGACAAGUUUUAUGUAAUAGGAGGGAAAGAUGAAAAAGACAUGGAACUCACUUGUGGGGAGGCUUAUAACAAGGAUAAGAACACAUGGGAACUGAUACCGGACAUGCUGAAAGACAACGAUAAUCCGGUCGCGAAACGGCAAUCGCCGCCCCUUCUCGCUGUAGUGAACAACGAGCUUUACUGUCUCGAAACAUCUUCCAAUGAACUCAAGGUGUACCUUAAGAAGACCAACACAUGGAAGAAACUUGGAGCGGUACCAGUUAGGACCGAUCUUCAUAAAGGAUGGGGAGUGGCUUUUAAGUCGCUUGGCAACAAACUGUUGGUGAUUGGAUACUCAUCGGCCAUCGCAAAUGGCAACGACAACGGCAAAUGCAAUGGGAUGACGAUAUACACUUGCAGACCGGAAGCCGAGAGGGAGGAAUUGCGAUGGAGGUGCGUCGAGGGAUACAAGGACCGUCUAAACUUCUUUCUCCUCAACUGUUGUGUGAUGGUAGCUUGACCACCGUUGUUUACCAUACAGUGUUUAAUAGGGUGAAUAAAAGAUGUUGGGAGUUGUAAGAAACUUCCAUAUAUGUUGUAGUGCUAUGUGCUUCAAAACUGAACUUUGUGAACAUAAUGGGGGUCAAUUUCCUU